AUGGAUACAGAGUAUCCCGACAACAUCUACAAUCCCGUCGUACCCUUUUCACAGUUGUCUCCGGUGGAGAAGUAUAAUCUGUUGAAAUCGAAUGUCGAUGAAUUAAAGCUUAUUCAGGUGAAUGGUUUCGGGUUCUAUGGCAGUUCAACCUUUCUUGAUUUCGAUCGGAAUCGUGAUCAAUACGCAGAGGCUUCAAUAUUCCAACUCUUUGUUAACAGUGGGAUUGACUUCGAAAGGAAUCUGGAAUUGGGGAUUAGAUCAAUUGAUUUUGAUGAGUUGUUGAUGUCGGGUACUUGUUGA